CGCAGUGAGCCUGAGCGGAUCCUCGCGGGCCGCACGUCCCCGAGCAGCCUUCAGCCAUCCAGCUUAGCGUACUCGACAACAACCAACGAACAGUUGAAAACUAAACUUUAUUUCGGUGAUGCGCCUUCUGUCUUUGCCCGAGAAUCAUGGCAGCUUCGAUUUUCAAACAAGAAGUCACCAGUGCGAAGGGCAGCAAGGAGGGCGACCCAGACCUGCAGUGCAUUGUGUGUGAAGAGGAGUAUAGCGAUGACUCGCCACCAAGGAACCUUGGCUGUGGCCACACCUUGUGCACAACAUGCCUCAGCCAGUACUUCUCCAAAAACCACCAGAAGAGCUGCCCAGAAUGCCGCCGACCAUUUCACGCCAAAAGUGCCUCGGAUUUGACCAUCAACUACCCCCUCUUGAGGUUAGCCCGUUCCCUGAGCACAGCCAGUUCCACUUCGAAAGGUUCCCAAGAAACUAAACUCAGGUGGGACAAUAGAGUUAUAAUUGAAGACAGUGACUUUGGUCCUGUAUGGAAGCCGAGUCCAUUUGAUUACAUGUGUGAAAUAACUUCUCCCAAGAAACAGACCGAGUUUUUUGGUAUGAAAAACUACAUUGCGUAUACUGUGACACCGUCUUUCUCAGCAAAACACGUGUUAAGAAGGUAUAAACAGUUUGAUUUUAUUCAGGAGAAGCUGAAGAGCCUCUUUCCUCUGAUCAUUUUACCAAAGUUGCCUGAAAAACAAAUUCUAGGUAAGUUUAAUGAUGAAGUUGUUGAAUACCGACAACAGGUACUUCAGACUUGGAUCGAUUAUAUUUGCUGUCACCCAAUCUUGUCACAGAGUGACAUCUUCCGUCUCUUCAUCACUGUAUCAAAUGAGGUAUCUUGGGAGGCAGCUGCCAAAAAGAUGAAAACUGAAUCUCAUGUCCACCGUAGUUUCUUCUCCGGUGUUCAGACGCCAAAGUCGGACUUUGAUCUGCAAGAGGUAGACACGAAGCUUGAGAGCUAUGCUGUCUUUGUCAGGGAGCUUAAAAAUUCUGUUAAGGAGCUGCAAUCUGCUAGUUUAACUCAAUUUAAUAAUUGGCAGAUGGAGUAUAUGCAAGACAAAGAACAAAUCAGUCAAGCCCUCUUGAAGCUUGCUCAGACUUUCAGUACAGCGUCAUGUGAGGACCCAGAGCUCCCUCUUCUUGUCUUUCGUGUGAGCGAAGCUUAUUCCAGCCUUGCCACUUUACCCAAAGAAGAAGUUCAGGCAGCUUGGCAGUCUUUAUAUAAAGUGGCAUCUGAGUAUUCUGUGUUAAUCGAUGAACUGGACAAGAUCCUGACUGUUGCUAGAAAGAAUGUGGCCCAGGCAUACCGUCUGGAAAUGGCUGAUUACGAAGAUGCUCGAGCGUCGUCUUACGUUUUUCUAGCUGAGGUGGCCCACCUGAAAUCCAGUUUUAUCAGGGACAUUAAAAAGGUUAUCAAGGUUGUUUUCCAGAACCAGUAUGAGUUUUACCAGAGUAUUACAGAUCAUCUGAGAAGUAAACUGGAAGAAAUCAUGAGUGAUGGCACAGGAGUACCAUCAGCACCUCCCCUUGAUCUUUGGGAAUAACUUGAAAUAGAAAAUGAUUGUACUAUUCAACAUGAAGUUGUAUAAGAAAUCUUUUCGCAUAACAUUUGGCUAAAGUCUUGGAGCAUUGAAGAAAAAAGCAGUUUUUAUAGCAUUUUAUUUGUCUGAGGUAAGAAACUUGCAUAUAACAAAAGUUCAAGGACCUUGUAAGGAUUAGUGCAGCUUGUGAACUUCAGUUGUGGCACAAGAUUACUGUGAAAUUUUUUCCAUAACUACACUUGAAAUUGAAAAUAUUUAGUUCUGACUUAUUGAAAUCAACAUCAAAACACUGAAAUUUACUUAGACUUUCAAAUAAAAUUUAUUUUCGCAACUUUAUAUAGGCUUAUCGUUUAAACUUUUGCAUUCUCUGCAUUUUGAAGAACUUGUUAUUGAAUACGUUUACCGAACAUUAAAUUUAAUUAGAAUAUACGUACAAUAAGUAGAAAAAAUAUCUCCUUAAAAUUAUCCAAAAGCCUAUUAAAAGAAUCAAGAAGUUGAUUUGGUUUGUUUUGUUUAAUUCUGAUCAGCUGAUCCAGCCGUGCCACGAGUGUUUCAUGUGACUUUUAUAGUGAGAAAAUGUGUCCAAUGCACCAUUUAAUUUGAUCCGAUACUAGUCCGGUCAGUGCAUUGUAGGCUAUAGAUUUAAGCCUUGAUGCAUUCAUGAAUUUUUAUUAAUACUUAUAUUUGAUUUGGUAGUACUUAAGAUACCUUGUGCUAUGAAAUUUUGAUGGCCUAGUCUGGCAACCUCUAGCAAUCGUAGCAUGGGUUCUGCGUAUGUGGAUUAUUGGGGGUUUGCUGUAU